CUCCGCCCGCCACCGCCGCUCCUAAAAUGUCGGCUGCUCUUCGGCAGCCCUCACCGCCCGCCCGGCCGGGCGCGGCCCCUCUGGCGUGGCAGAUUAGCGCUGUUUGCUUUCUCGGCGCACCCGGCCGGCCCCGCACCUCAACAGCCUCAAACCCUGUCCAUCAAUAGCACCAGAGCAAUCAACCCCCACCCCUUUGUGAACUGCUCUAAUCUUCCGCAGCUGCCGGCAAGUCAACGUUUGUCAAGCUGCUGGAGAAAAACAGCGAUGAGUGGGAGAUAAUCCCCGAGCCCAUCGCUAAGUGGUGCAACAUCCGGACAGCCGAGGAUGAGUAUGAGGAACUUUCAACAUCUCAGAAGAGUGGAGGAAACUUACUUCAAAUGCUGUAUGACAAACCCACAAGAUGGGCUUACACAUUUCAGACUUACGCCUGCUUGAGCCGAGUAAAAGCACAAUUAAAACCUGUCUCAGCCAAGCUACUUGAAGCAGAACAUCCAGUGCAAUUUUUCGAGAGAUCUGUAUACAGUGACAGAUACGUAUUUGCUUCUAACCUGUUCGAGUCUGGAAACAUUAAUGAAACAGAGUGGUCUAUUUAUCAGGACUGGCACACAUGGCUUUUGAAUCAGUUUCAAUCAGAUAUAGAACUGGAUGGCAUGAUCUAUCUCAGAACCACACCUCAGAAAUGCAUGGAAAGACUACAGAUGAGGGGAAGAGAAGAGGAGCAAGGAAUUGAGCUUGAGUAUUUGGAAAACCUCCACUAUAAACAUGAAACCUGGCUUCAUGAAAGGACUAUGAGAGUUGAUUUUGAGAACAUUAAGGAGAUUCCUAUUCUAGUUUUGGAUGUUAAUGAAGAUUUUAAGAAUGAUAAAAUUAAACAAGAGUACUUAACUGAUAAAGUCAAGUCGUUCCUGACUUCUUUGGAAGAUGAAAAUUAAUUCGAAUAAUAAGUCAGUGAAGUUCACCUGCCAAUCUGUGUGUUCAAAAAUUUAAACAAAUGCAUUACCUGUGUAUAGCUUAUUUUAAAGCAAGCCUGAAAUGUAAAAACAAAGUUGUUUAUUUUUCUCGUUCUCUGAGCUCUGUGGGUUUUGAUAGAUCUUUUUGUAUAGCUAAAAAAGAAUAAACAUGGGGCGCUUUGAUAAUGUUUUUUUUUUCCUGAACAUUCUCUGCUAGUUAAUAAAGACUUUAAAAAUCC